AAUCGCAUCACGCGUUCACCCUAUUAUCUUAUCAUUUCGGUUAUAGUAAUCAGUGAGUUUCCGGUUUCGCGUACAUAUCACGAAAAAGCUUUCCUUGUAACUACAGUUUUUUUUAUAUCGAAUAAUAUAUUAAGCCCUUGAGCGUAAUUAUAUACUUAAGAACUCUGUGUUGUCGUGAUCGGAUAUCGAAAAAUGGUCGUAAGUAGAGCGAAAGGAGUAUGAUGAGGUGUGGUGUAUACGAGAGGAUAUCCUGUGCGGAGUGGUGCGCGCCACGGCUAGGACGGUGAGGCAGCGUGGCGGAAGGUGCGAGCAGCCAGCGAGAGUGCGAGAGCAUGGGCGGGCCGGGUGGCUGGCCACGCGACGCGCCCGCGCUGCUCAGCACGGCGCUGCUGCUGGGCGGCGCGGGCGGUGGGGCCUCGUUGGUCGACCGCCCGCCGCCGCCGCUAUUCACCAUCGACAGCAUCCUGGCGCCGAGGCCGCAGCCACCGAUGCCGCCGCUGCAGCUGCAUCAUCUAGCCCAUUCACCUUUCCACAGAGCUCACGAUAUUUUUGGUGUAGGGAAUGUGGUGACAUCAGCCGGCGGCUAUGCGGGUUUGUACGGAGGUUACGCGGCAGCGGCUUUAGCUGGACUUUCGGGUCCUCCGCCUAAACGCAAGCGCCGACACCGUACCAUCUUCACAGAAGAACAACUGGAACAGUUGGAGAGCACCUUCGACAAGACACAUUAUCCUGAUGUUGUUCUAAGAGAGCAACUGGCGUUAAGAGUCGACUUAAAGGAGGAACGAGUUGAGGUUUGGUUUAAGAACCGACGUGCGAAAUGGCGUAAACAGAAGCGGGAGGAACAGGAGCGACUUCGUAAAUUGCAAGAGGAGCGCGCUUGCAGCCGCGCGAUGGUGUCAGCGCGAGCGCGCCUCUCGCCGCCUUCUCGACUACCCCCUGCGCCGCCCACACCUCGUCCUUACACCGACGAUUCCGAGGACUCUGAUCUGGAAGUCGCUUAAGUGCUAGUAUUAAAACAUAGAGUGAACAUAAAAGUGCAAGUCUUUGGAAGUGAAUCGGUGUCAUUAAUAAAAUCGCCAUAUUUAAAUAUGGAAAAAUACUUUAAAACGAAGUGCACAAACGUUUAGCAAUAAGGACUCAA